UUCCACUCGGCCACCAUCACCGAGCAACGCACCACCACCACCACCACCACCACGACGAGCACCUCCAGCGCCCAACCAAUACCUCUACCAACUCUACCACAACCACCACAACUACGAACUAACAGCCACUCUGCUUAAUCACCUCCCCGUCUACUGGCGGUUUAUACACAACCCCCCGUCGCUGCUGGAUUCCGCUACAUGUCCCCGCUCACAUGACAGCGCUUCCUCUUUGUUGUGUCUCUCCUGUUGCUGCACACACCCUUUAAUAUGCUGAUGUCCCAUUGCCUUGUCUGCCGCACCUACUAAGCGUAGUAGGUAGGCGGUCCCCCCGUGCUUCUUAUCGCAGACCAUUCUCUUUCAGACGCAAGGGCACCAUAGCGGUUUUGUUGGUGUCUCGACGGCCUUGUUCUGUCUUGCCCUUCUCCUUCUCUCCUCCCACCGCAAGUCACUGCUGCUCCAGAGUGGCAAAGGAAGACCGCUACUCCCCAGUUCGCUGCUGUCCGUGACUCCCCCUUCACCAUGCCGUCCUUUACCAGCGAACCUCAGCUCCUUCACCACCACCACCACAAUCACCUCCACAGCCAUAACCACCAUCACCAAGUCGGCUCCUCCUCAUCAUCUACCCACGACCAUUUGACUCGCAAAUCAUACGACAAAUCCUCUAUAAGCAAUACUUUCGUUUGGACCCCUGAUGUAAAUGGGGAGAAUGGCUGUGUCGAUGACGCCUCUGACCAAUUUGUCACUAACUUCAAGGGGGGAAGUCUGCCAUCUUUGGGUGCCCUUGGUACUGCAAGAUCUGCUAUUUCUCCCCACGGUCAAGAGACCGCCAAGUCGACAAACGGAAGUCUCCUUUCGGUGACUACGGGGCCCGCGAGAGACAAGGAGCAGGGAAAUGGCGCUUCGACUCCGACACACCAUGAUUGCCUCACUAAUGGUUUCACGGAUCACAUUGAGCUGGAAUUGGUAUUGAAUGGAACUGCGGUAGCCCAUCAGACGAAUGGUACAUCGUCAAGACCUAGGUCCACAAGCCCCGAACCCCUGGUGAACGGUGACCAGACUGCCUCCGAUGACGCUGCUGCUACUGAGUUUACUACGCCUUCCUCUUUGCAGCCUUCGAUGAUGGAUGGUGCUAUUCUCACUCUACCUGAAGCAAUACCCUUACAACCUAUCUAUCGCCAUUCCUCUCCUAGUGCCUCCAACCGGACCGACAAAGAUAUCCCCAUACCUCCAACCAGCCCUCGAUCACAACGUCAUACUCUUCAAGUCCCUAAAUUUCAUAAUGCACGGAAGAACAGCCGCGACUUGUCCCUACCUACCCAUGUGAAUCCUUCCGAAGAUACAAUUGCAAGUGGUGAUCGACUUGCGUCACCGACGUCGGGCCUGCGACGACCCUCCCUCAGCCUUGCCCGGAGAACCACCCGGUCGCUAAAUUCGGAUCUUCAUCCAGAUGAGCCUCCUCCAGAAGAAGAUGCUGCUCGAUGGGCGGAAAUGAUCAAGCAACGACGAGCUAGCAAGCGAAGGCGAAGGGAAGAGGAGGACGAGGAUCGUGUUAUUGUCGGUACAAAAGUUGAUCAAAACCACGUGAACUGGGUUACAGCAUAUAACAUGUUAACUGGGAUUCGCUUUACGGUUUCAAGAACCAACGCGAAAAUGGACCGCGAGCUUACCGAUGCCGAUUUUGAAGCAAAGCACAAAUUUUCUUUUGACAUAACUGGUAAUGAAUUGACGCCCUCCGCCAAAUACGAUUUUAAAUUCAAGGACUACGCUCCCUGGGUCUUCCGCCGUUUACGUGCGAAAUUCAAACUCGACCCCGCGGACUACUUGGUGUCCUUAACAAGCAAGUAUAUAUUGUCUGAGUUGGGUUCUCCAGGUAAAAGCGGUAGUUUCUUUUACUUCUCUCGAGACUAUAAAUACAUCAUCAAAACCAUCCAUCACGCCGAACAUAAACUCCUACGAAGAAUCCUCCGCGACUACUACGAACACAUCGAAAACAACCCAAAUACCUUAAUCUCCCAGUUUUAUGGCCUCCACCGGGUAAAGAUGGCAUAUGGUCGAAAAAUCCACUUUGUUGUUAUGAAUAAUUUGUUUCCACCUCAUCGAGACAUACACCAAAUGUAUGAUCUUAAAGGCUCAACCAUUGGACGAGAUUUUCGAGAAGAGGACCUUGAAAAAAAUCCUAGGGCAACGUUGAAGGAUCUAAAUUGGAUUCGAAGAAAUCGGCGCCUUGAGUUCGGCCCUAUGAAACGGGAAAUAUUUAUAGCCCAACUUAAGAGGGACGUGUCCUUACUUCAGCGUCUAAAGAUCAUGGACUACUCACUUUUAGUGGGUAUACAUGACCUGGAGAAAGGGAACGCUGAAAAUGUUCGAGAUAAAACCCUUCAAGUUUUCCAACCUGGUGGAGAACGGAGUGAUGAACAACAGCCCAAUCUCCUCACAAGAACCCCGUCAAGAUUAGAGAACGCUCGGAAGGCAAGGGAACUUCGAGAAAUAAUCAAACGGGAAAAACCAGUGCCAAUUCAGCAAACGGCAGCUCUCCCGGACGAGAUACUUGAUGAACGCAAAAAUCUAGCUUUCUAUUCCGAUGAUGGCGGGUUUCGUGCUACACAUGAGACCGGCCAGCCGGGAGACGAGAUAUACUAUCUUGGUGUGAUUGAUUGUUUGACACAUUAUGGUAUGGUCAAGAAGGCAGAGCACUUCUGGAAAGGGCUUUCGCAUAAUCGAAACCAAAUUUCCCCAAUACCUCCUGACUCGUACGGGGAGCGAUUUCUCAAUUUCAUCACAGGCAUCACCAUGUCGAAAGAAGAAACUGAACGGGAGAGGCAAAGUAAAGAACAAGGCCAAAGCUCUACGGACGGUACAUCACUUUCUCACGCCCACCCACGAUCAGACAUUCAGCGAGUCAUGGAGAGGGCUGAGCGAGAUGCGGCCAAAGCAGGCAGAAAUCUCGCAACUGAUCCAGAACCAAAUCAACACGUCUUAAGUACCAUUCGGGCCACUUCUAGCGAUAUGCCUGGUGUCACCUCCACUCUACCCGUCGUUGAAGAGGUUGGGGAAGCUGGGAGCACAGGGAGUAAGGGCGAGAGAAACAGUCCUAGCGAAAAAAGUGAGCGGAGGGGAAAAUCACAGGAGUAUGAAAGGAACGAAGAAAUCCCCAAUGGGGACGUCUGGAAUCCCGAGUUCCGUACUGCCACUGGACCAUCUGGGCCCCCUCCUCAACUGCCUCCACCGCCUCCCAAACCUGACUCUCCGAAAUCCAUUGGAUAUGGGAAGGGAAAAGUAGUGAUACGGGAGGGUAUGGUUGAGGCUAUGCGCUCAUUAGAAUUCAAGAGUCUCCCGCCGACACCCCAUGAUUUCCCACGACAGCCUCCAUCGCCAUCACCUACUGACCAUUCCCGCUUUUGAUUACAUUUACAUUUCUCUUAUUGUCUUAAUAUAAUAUAGAUCCUUUUCAUUUUUAGUUUGUUACGCUGGUCGAGCCCCUCUACCCUUUAUCAAGAGGACCCCAUAUGAUAUCCCCCCACACACUCACCGCACGCGCCGCACGCACAAGCAUUCCAUUACCUCUUUUUUUUUUUUUUUUUUUUUACUACCUCGUCUAACUCUUGUGGGAGAGAAAGUAUGAGAAACUUUUUUAUAACUCUCAUUAACCCUCCCUCUUUUUUUCUUCUUUCUUUUAUUUUUGCCUACUUGUUAUUAUCUGCAACUCAGCUUAUCCUCUCGAUAAGGGUGGGCAUGUAUGUUCUAUUGCUCCUCUCGCAAAUUAUCGUGUUUUCCGUAUCUCUCCUGCAGUUUUCUGGUUUGAACACUCCGUAUUCGGUUUUAUCAUACACCUGUCUUUCCGGGCUUGACUCCCAUUAAAUUUCUUUUGUUUUUGUGACUCUUCGUUCAAAAAAAAAAGAGAGAAUAGAAAAUAAGAAACCCCUCGUCAGGUAAAUAUAAAGCUGUUGUGCCGGGAGUCAAAUUUCGGUGUCAGUAUUUCCUUUCUUCACUAUUCUUCAUUAGCACACAUGUACAUGUACAUGUACAUUCCUUAUAUUUUUCCAACCCUCAUUUUUCCCUUAUUUUCUUUUACCUUGUUGGUUCUUUUUGUUUCUACUUACUACCUCUCUUGCACCUUGCAUGGAGUAUAUAAACAUAUCAUGACUGAAUUGACUGAUUUAUCAUCGGGGAAUCGGGAAAUGGGAAUAGGGAGGAAGGAAACACCUGGGAGGGAGAAGGGAGCUAGUUGGGAUGAGCGCGGACGCCUCCUAGGAAACGGAAACAGAAGAAGGGGGACAAGGCAGGACAAGGCAGGACAAGGCAUG